GCCCAUCACUGUCAAAACAACAACAACAAACAGUGCCGUGCAGUGACUAAAGCGGUGAAUAUUUGCAGGAAAAAUGAACAAAGAUUACUUUCUUGUUGUGGAGACAGUCGAGGCCGGUAGACCCGUCUUGUCGGUAGUGCCGCACAAAUGGGUAGCUGAAAAUUCCCUAUUCUGGCCUCCAAAGCAGGCGAAUGUGCUCCGGAAAGACGCCGGUUCAAGUCCAAUGCCUUCUUGGACUAAAUUGCCUUGUGCAGUGAAACGGAAGUACAUUCCCAGUUUUGGGGAAGCGGAGCGAGAAGCCGAUGAGCUUUCAGGGCAAUCCACCGACAUGUCAGACUUCGCUACGAAACGAAAAAAAAAGUUGAAGAAAACCUCAAAAGCCCUCGAUCUAAACCACCUCAUCACUGAAAAACAAUCUCAGAUUCAAGGAAAGCCCUCAACCGGACAACGAGACUGGACAGAGAAGUCAAGCACAACAGCGUCCCAAAUUCCUGUCGUUACUCAAACGAUUGACCGAGUUUAUUGUGAUCUAGAUUUAUCGAAUCUAAUGACGAAUUCACAAGGAACAACGUUGGACUCUCAUCCGACUCUUGCACCUCAACCGGCUCAAAUGUCAUCAUCAACAUCGGCCCCAGUGGAAACGGAAGUGAUUUCGGAAGGAUACGUCCUUAACAUCCAGCAGCCGAAUACGGAUAGGAUCAUUAAGGAAGUUUCCGAAAAAGUCAUCGAGCAAGUGAGCGUUAAUGUGCUAAGCUCGAUGGAAGCAAUGCUGGCAAAAACCGCAGCUUCCUUGGAGAUGAAGAUCGAUGCUGCCAUUCGUCAAAGCAACAAUGAGUAUUAUUCAGAAGCUUCAACAUCCUUCCAGUUUUCGCCAGUGGCUACCACGGAUGGAAUAGAUGCAUUGGAAGAGAGUCUCAACGAUGAGUCGUUUGCCAAGCAGUUCUUUGCGCACAUGAAGAGGAAAAUUGGAAACAGCGGCGAUGCGUGCAAUGGUCAGAAUAUUGCUUAUGGAUUGAUUGAUCACUUUUUCGAAAGGAAGGUGAUGCUCGAUUGUUCCUGGACCGGAGAGAGUAAAGGAGGAAGUGCCAAGUAUCCCAUGAAAAAAUGUGUCAAUAUUCUUAACAUGUUUUUCAAACUGGUUCACAGCGUGAACAAUACAUUUUCACAAGCGCUGUUGGAGGAUCUGUUCAAAAGAUUCCAAGAAAUGCGAAGAAGCGAAGUGAAACAAAAGGCAAAAGGCAAUCCUCAAUUCAUCGGCGAUCAAAAACAAAAGGUUCUGAGAAAGAAAUUCAUUGUACUCCGCAUACUACUGCUAUCACCACCAAUGACGUACACCGUGCCCCACAGAUAUCUGGUAUCAGCGUUACUGAAGUUCCGGCGCGUCCGGUGGAACUUGGUGGAAGUAAGGGCUCAGAUGUGGUAAAUGUAGACUCAGAUUCACCUAUUCUCAUGAAGAUCGAAGAAGGCGCACUGAAUGUUGCAAUAAAUUCAGAACAUGGAGAGGAUGAAUAUGAGGAGGAAGAAGAAAAUGAAGGAGAAAAUGAAGAGCACGAGGAUGAUGAACAUGAGGACGAAGAAGAAUCGUCGCAAGAGUCCGAAAGUGAUUUUUAAUGCGGUCCUGUAGACUUCGGUGGAUUCCAAUAACGAUCUCAUUUGAUAUAAUGCUGUUUUAAGAACCUUUUUAUUUGUUUUGUUCCAAUGAACUUUGUUUUCUUGUUUUAUUUUAAUGAAAUACAAAUACAAUCCUUUCAUAAACUUUUA